GGGAGGGGCCGGCGACGAAGGCGGCGGCAGCGGCUGAGCCUGGGGUCGGUGUCUGCGCGCUGGUGUCUAAGGCCCAAGCUGAGGCCUCCACGGUUGCCGGAAGGCGGGCGGCGGAGAGGAUGACUGCCGCCGCUCUUCUCUCCUGAGACAGAGAGCCGCCGCCACCCUCCCCCUCCCCCGGCAGGGUGGAGAGGAGCGGCCAGAGUCUGAGCGAUGGUGCCUGGCGAGGAGAACCAACUGGUCCCGAAAGAGAUAGAAAAUGCUGCUGAAGAACCUAGAGUCUUAUGUAUAAUACAAGAUACUACUAAUUCAAAGACAGUGAAUGAACGGAUCACUUUAAAUUUACCAGCGUCUACUCCAGUCAGAAAGCUCUUUGAAGAUGUGGCCAACAAAGUAGGCUACAUAAAUGGAACCUUUGAUUUGGUGUGGGGAAAUGGAGUCAAUACUGCUGAUAUGGCUCCACUGGAUCAUGCCAGUGACAAGUCUCUUCUUGAUGCUAAUUUUGAGCCAGGAAAGAAGAACUUUCUGCAUUUGACAGAUAAAGAUGGUGAACAACCUCAAAUACUGCUGGAGGAUUCCAAUAACAUGGAUGACAGCGUUCAUGACAGGUUUAUAGGUCCACUUCCAAGAGAAGGUUCUGUUGGUUCCACCAGUGAUUAUGUCAGUCAAAGCUACUCCUAUUCAUCUAUUUUGAAUAAAUCAGAAACUGGAUAUGUGGGAUUAGUAAACCAGGCAAUGACAUGCUAUUUGAAUAGCCUUUUGCAAACACUUUUUAUGACUCCUGAAUUUAGGAAUGCAUUAUAUAAAUGGGAAUUUGAAGAAUCUGAAGAAGAUCCAGUGACAAGUAUCCCAUACCAACUUCAAAGGCUUUUUGUUUUGUUACAAACAAGCAAAAAAAGAGCAAUUGAAACCACAGACGUUACAAGGAGCUUUGGAUGGGAUAGUAGUGAGGCUUGGCAGCAGCAUGACGUACAAGAACUAUGCCGAGUCAUGUUUGAUGCUUUGGAACAGAAAUGGAAGCAAACAGAACAGGCUGAUCUUAUAAAUGAACUAUAUCAAGGCAAGCUGAAGGACUACGUGAGAUGUCUGGAAUGUGGUUAUGAGGGCUGGAGAAUCGACACAUAUCUUGAUAUUCCAUUGGUCAUCCGACCUUACGGGUCCAGCCAAGCAUUUGCUAGUGUGGAAGAAGCAUUGCAUGCAUUUAUUCAGCCAGAGAUCCUGGAUGGCCCAAAUCAGUAUUUUUGUGAACGUUGUAAGAAGAAGUGUGAUGCUCGAAAGGGCCUUCGGUUUUUGCAUUUCCCUUAUCUUCUGACCUUACAGUUGAAAAGAUUUGAUUUUGAUUAUACAACCAUGCAUAGGAUUAAAUUAAAUGAUCGGAUGACAUUUCCUGAGGAGUUAGAUAUGAGUACAUUUAUUGAUGUUGAAGAUGAGAAAUCUCCUCAGACUGAAAGUUGCACUGAUAGUGGAGCAGAAAAUGAAGGUAGUUGUCAUAGUGAUCAGAUGAGCAAUGAUUUCUCCAAUGAUGAUGGUGUUGAUGAAGGAAUCUGCCUUGAGAACAAUAGUGGAACUGAAAAGAUUUCAAAACCUGGACUUGAAAAGAAUUCCUUGAUCUAUGAGCUUUUCUCUGUUAUGGUUCAUUCGGGGAGUGCUGCUGGUGGUCAUUAUUAUGCUUGUAUAAAGUCGUUCAGUGAUGAGCAGUGGUACAGCUUCAAUGAUCAACAUGUUAGCCGGAUAACACAAGAAGACAUUAAGAAAACACAUGGUGGAUCUUCAGGAAGCAGAGGAUAUUAUUCCAGUGCUUUUGCAAGCUCCACAAAUGCAUAUAUGCUGAUAUAUAGACUGAAGGAUCCAACAAGAAAUGCAAAAUUUCUAGAAGUGGAUGAAUACCCAGAACACAUUAAAAACUUGGUGCAGAGAGAGAGAGAAUUGGAAGAGCAAGAAAAGAGACAACGGGAAAUUGAGCGUAAUACAUGCAAGAUAAAAUUAUUCUGUUCACAUCCUAUAAAACAAGUAAUGAUGGAAAAUAAAUUGGAGGUUCAUAAGGAUAAGACAUUAAAGGAAGCAGUAGAAAUGGCUUAUAAGAUGAUGGAUUUAGAAGAGGUAAUACCCUUGGAUUGCUGUCGCCUUGUUAAAUAUGAUGAGUUUCAUGAUUAUCUAGAACGAUCAUAUGAAGGAGAAGAAGAUACACCAAUGGGACUUCUUCUAGGUGGAGUCAAGUCAACGUAUAUGUUUGACCUACUUCUGGAGACAAGAAAGCCUGAUCAAGUUUUCCAGUCUUAUAAACCUGGAGAAGUGAUGGUGAAAGUUCAUGUUGUUGAUCUAAAGGCAGAAACUGUAGCUGCUCCCAUAACUGUUCGAGCUUACUUAAAUCAGACGGUUACAGAGUUCAAACAACUGAUUUCAAAGGCCAUCCAUUUACCUGCUGAGACCAUGAGAAUAGUACUGGAACGCUGCUAUAAUGAUUUGCGUCUUCUCAGUGUACCCAGUAAAACCCUGAAAGCUGAAGGUUUUUUUAGAAGUAACAAGGUGUUUGUUGAAAGUUCCGAGACUUUGGAUUACCAGAUGGCCUUUACAGACUCUCAUUUAUGGAAACUCCUGGAUCGACAUGCAAAUACAAUUCGGUUAUUUGUUUUGCUACCUGAACAAUCCCCAGGAUCUUAUUCCAAAAGGACAGCAUACCAGAAAGCUGGAGGUGAUUCUGGUAAUGUGGAUGAAGAUUGUGAAAGAGUCACAGGACCUGUAGGGAGCCUAAAGUCUGUGGAAGCUAUUCUGGAAGAAAGCACUGAAAAACUCAAAAGCUUAUCGCUGCAACAACAGCAGGAUGGAGAUAAUGGGGACAGCAGCAAAAGUACUGAAACAAGUGACUUUGAAAACAUUGAAUCACCUCUAAAUGAGAGGGACUCUUCAGCAUCAGUGGAUAAUAGAGAACUUGAACAGCACAUUCAGACUUCUGACCCAGAAAAUUUUCAGUCUGAAGAACGAUCAGACUCGGAUGUGAAUAAUGACAGGAGUACGAGUUCAGUGGACAGUGAUAUUCUUAGCUCCAGUCAUAGCAGUGAUACUUUGUGCAAUGCAGAUAAUGCUCAGAUCCCUUUGGCCAAUGGACUUGACUCUCACAGUAUCACAAGUAGCAGAAGAACUAAAGCAAAUGAAGGGAAAAAAGAGACAUGGGAUACAGCAGAAGAAGACUCUGGAACUGAUAGUGAAUAUGAUGAGAGUGGCAAGAGUAGGGGAGAAAUGCAGUACAUGUAUUUCAAAGCAGACCCCUAUGCUGCAGAUGAAGGCUCUGGGGAAGGACAUAAAUGGUUGAUGGUACAUGUUGAUAAAAGAAUUACUCUGGCAGCUUUCAAACAACAUUUAGAGCCCUUUGUUGGAGUUUUGUCAUCUCACUUCAAGGUCUUUCGAGUGUAUGCCAGCAAUCAAGAAUUUGAGAGCGUCCGACUGAAUGAAACACUUUCAUCAUUUUCAGAUGACAAUAAGAUUACAAUUAGACUGGGGAGAGCACUUAAAAAAGGAGAAUACAGAGUUAAAGUGUACCAGCUUUUAGUCAAUGAACAAGAGCCAUGCAAGUUUCUGCUAGAUGCUGUGUUUGCUAAAGGAAUGACUGUGCGGCAAUCAAAAGAGGAAUUAAUUCCUCAACUCAGGGAGCAGUGUGGUUUAGAACUCAGUAUUGACAGGUUUCGUCUAAGGAAGAAAACAUGGAAGAAUCCUGGCACUGUCUUUUUGGAUUAUCAUAUUUAUGAAGAAGAUAUUAAUAUUUCCAGCAACUGGGAAGUUUUCCUUGAAGUUCUUGAUGGGGUAGAGAAGAUGAAGUCCAUGUCGCAGCUUGCUGUUCUGUCACGACGGUGGAGGCCUUCAGAGAUGAAAUUGGAUCCCUUCCAGGAGGUUGUGUUGGAGAGCAAUAGUGUUGAUGAGUUGCGAGAGAAGCUAAGUGAAAUCAGUGGGAUUCCUUUGGAAGAUAUUGAAUUUGCCAAGGGCAGAGGAACUUUUCCCUGUGAUAUUUCUGUCCUUGAUAUUCAUCAGGAUUUGGACUGGAACCCUAAAGUUUCUACCCUGAAUGUCUGGCCUCUUUAUAUCUGUGAUGAUGGUGCCGUCAUAUUUUAUAGGGAUAAAACAGAAGAAGUAAUGGAGUUGACAGAUGAGCAAAGAAAUGAACUGAUGAAAAAAGAAAGCAGUCGACUCCAGAAGACUGGACAUCGUGUAACAUACUCGCCUCGUAAAGAAAAAGCACUAAAAAUAUAUCUGGAUGGAGCGCCAAAUAAAGAUCUGACUCAAGACUGACUCUGCUAGUGUAGCAUUUUCCCUGAGGGAUUUUUUUGAUUUUAACUAGAUGGUUCACUACUACUGUGUAGUGCCAUUAUGGCCGGACAUGGUUGGGGUAACCCAGUGACACCAGCACUGAUUGGACUGCCCUUCACCAAUCAGAAGCUCAGUGCCCAAUGGGCCACUGUUUUGACUUGGAAUCAUGUUGUGCACUAUAGUCAAAUGUACUGUAAAGUGAAAAAGGGAUGUGCAAAAACAAUUAAAAAAAAAAAAAGCAAAACCUGCUACUAGAAAAGGGGGAAGGGGAAUGAGUAAAAUUCUUUUAUUGCGGACAAAUGUGCACAUAGCCGCUAGUAAAACUAGCCUCAGACAGGAUGCUCAUAGCUUAAUAAUAAAAGCUGUGCAAAGGCCAUGAAUGAAUGAAUUUUCUGUUUAUUUCACUGAUACACACAUUACCUCAUUGACAAUUCAGAAGUAAAUGCAGCGUGUGUUGUCUCUUGGAAAACAGCAAAAAUAGGAGCUGAAGAAAGAAAUUCUUAGAACGAGUUGUAACCCAGAAAAGAAUUGUGAAGUUGUGUUUUUGUUUUAUUUUUUGCGAAGUAUUAAGGACAUUUUGGAACAUCAAAACAUUUCCCUUAGACCUAUCCCAGCAGGUGGCAGCUCAAAUUACUGCAGUUUUGUAAUUAUAACUGAUUGUACUUAAGUUAUGGAUGUAGAGAAUAUGUUCCACUCGUUCAUUCAGCAUGUAAAUAAAAUUAUCCUGUUGAGUUAUCAUAGUUGUAGUUCAGCUAUAUCCCAUGGUUAUUCUUUUCACACAUCAUUCAUUAUGUACAUUUGUGUACAUUGAGAAGUUAGCAGUCUGUGUAAAUGUAAUCCUCAGUGAGGUUCCUCAGUGCUGGGUCCCAUAGGAUUGUAUUUUCCCUUGUUAAUGAGGUUUUUCUGUUAAGCGGCUUCUUUUUUUUUUUAUUUGUACAUUUAUUUUUAAAGAUUUACCUCCAGUUUGAAUCUUCUAGGAUGCUUGUAAGUCCCAUUUUAAUUUUAGAGUCAGUUUGUAGAUCCAUGUAGUUUAACUUUGAGGAAACGUCUUAACAUACUGAGUAAAUUUGCUAGUAAGGUCAUCUUCGUAUAGACUGAUGCAGUCAACAGGGUUUCAUUGAAAAGUCUAUUAGAAUGAGCAAGUUUUUGCUUUGCUAAAUAAAACUAUACAGUGACCACAAUUCUACAUAAAUUUUGAAAUAUCAUCUAAUUUAUAAAAAUAAAAAGGUUUUGGUAAAACUUUUUCAUGCCAGAUGCUGUUUACAACAAUGAACAUGCCAAUAAAACAUUUGUUCAUUCUGUUGUGUUAUUUUAGUCAUUACACUUUUGUGGAUAAUGAAUCUGAGUUAAGAAUAGGUUGGUUAUCUUUAGAUAUAAUACUUCAAAACAUGAAUAUCUCAUGAUAAAGGUAUAUUUACAGUGAAGUUCUCAUUAAGAGAGAUGAAAAGAUGCUAAUAUCUAACUUUUGGGGAUCCUGCCAAUAUUUCAAAAUCACAUUUCUUCCCCUUUUUUUUCUAAGAAAGAUAUAAUUAGAAAAUAGUAUUGGCAAAUGUAGGCUUCACAGUUUGAAUGUUAUCACUGAGAAUUCUAUAAUGUCUUAUUAAGUCUCUUAGAAUCCACAAGGGAAAAAAAUUUUUUUUCCUAAGGUAGUUUUCUGGCUAAUUUUUAUUCCAUGUAAACUGUAUCAUUCAGUUUACAUUUGGAGUAAUUUUCUGUAUUUUCAUUAGUCUUUCAGGUUGCUUGGAUUUUCUUAUGUAAGGGGGGCAAAUUCGUACUGAGCCAGACCUGUUUACUUGGGACAUGGGCUUUAAUAAAUGGGGUUUCUGCUUUCAAAAGACUGACUUCCUGGUGAGCAGGGGAGGCAACCUUGGAAGCAAAAUGGGCUUAGGAAUUGGGUUUGGCUUUGUUUGGCCUCGUGUUCAUUAAAGAGUCAGUGGUGAAAUUCUCA